GGAACCCAGGAAAGCCUGUGAGUACCAUGGCCAUGCCGAAGGUGAAGCUUGCCUAGCAAGAAGGAAAAGCAAGGGCAGAAUGGGUAGGUGAUCCAUUCCUUUACUGUCGUUUACCCCCGUCAUUAUCAGACGCCCUCAGUCAUACGCAGAAAUCGAGCCCUACAAGAUUCAGUCGUGAGCACCCGGGCGUCAACAUCUCCGGCAAAGAUUUUCGGAUCCAAAUGUCCACCACAGGCAGACCAAAAUCAAAACAAUAUCCGCAACGACUGGCGAGUGACGUCGCCGCCGAAUGCGACGAAACCUAUCUAUUGCCUCUCCCAAUGCCAAGUGGCCGAGCAUCGUCACCCUCCUCCUCAAGACUCCGUGCUACGCAAUGCCUCGUCAGACUCAGCUCUGAGAGCCAUGGCAGUGACCAUGGAAGACCUGAGUACAUUGACCAAGAUCCCGUCAUCAGAUCCAAAAUUAUACCUCUCAUCCGUGGGGGGCCAUGGGGCCCCGAUGAACAGUCGACGACAUUACUCAACGGGACACCUUCGGACUCAAGGUCAGAUUGGAGCGCCGCUGCACAGCGAGUUGGGCCAAAUAUCCCCGGAUCAGAAAACGGCAAGCUUCCGCAGUUCAAACAGGCCGUCUCCCCUACCAGAAUUCGAGGACUCUCUUCCGAAACCAACUCCCCCGAGUUCAAGGUCGCCUCAGGACGAAGAAAAAUGCCAAAGAAACUCCGGAUCCGAAGCGAUGGUAGGGUGCAGCGAGCUAAAAUAUAAGAAUAUUCCUACCUUUUCUACCGACGCUCGGCCGGAAAGACGGCAGCUUUCGCAUUCGCAGUUCACGUUCACUGCGCCAUCAUAUUGGCAGUUAUCAGGCCACCGCCCGGAGUGAAUAGGUCUGCCGGUUCCAAAUCGCAUGUUCUGCAAUAAUAGCGACUUCAGUCAACAUAUCAAAUAUUCCCUUAGUAUUAUUUUGCGCCCUGGUAAUGCGCAACAAGAAUAUUUUCCUUCAGAGUUGAGGUAGAUUUAUUAUAUUUUCGGUCAUUUCUCCCCCAAAUCUAGCUACAAAUAAUAAUGAGAAUCCUUAAUCAUGAC